ACAAGGAACGUGAGAAGGCCAAGGACAGGUAUGUCCGCAGCCUCUGGAAGCUCUACUCCCUGCACAACCAAUACGUGCUGGCCCUGCGAGCUGCGGAGGUGCAGCACAGCUUCCACUAUAAGCAGAUCCUGCCCAGCCUCCUCCAGUCCCUGCAUGGCCUUUUGCAGGAGAUGGCCCAGAUCACGAAGGCAACUCUGCAAGAAUAUGCCAGCAUCACAAGCCUGGUACAGGAGGAGAUGGUGGUUGUGCACCAAGCCAUGGUCAGGGCCAUUGACCGCAUCCAGCCAGCCACCGACUAUGAAGAGUUCCUCCCCCCUUGCAGGUGUGAGCAGCAGGAGAUGCCAGGCAUGGUGACCUUUGAUAGGAGUUUGCUAGAGGAGGCUGAGACAGAGGUCCUGCAAGAGGGGCAGCUCCAGCUGAAUGAACUCACCCUGGAAAGCCUGCAACACACGCUGAUCUCCCUGGAAGAGGAACUGAUCAGUGCCACAGAGAGCACUGAUGGCCAUCGCCGGCAUGUCCAGAUGCUAGAAACUGAAAUCCAGAAUGAUGAGAUGGCAGGAAGCCCAGGAAAACGUGUCCUCCUUCUGGGAAGGCAGAAGUCCCUGCAUGAAGCUUACCAUCUUUUCCAUCUUGCUCUGGGCACUCAAGAAAAACUCAAGGCCCAAAGGGAUUUGCUGCAACAAAAGCUGGAUGAGCUGGGACACCUAGACCCCCCACCUGCCCCAGAUCUGCAGGGUGACAGGCAGUUACUCUCUUCUGUGGAGCAGGACGUUGAACGAGAUUGGGGCCGAACACCGCUGGCUUUGGAGGCCCUGAAGCAUCACAUCUCAGGCAUUUUUCGUCCACGUGUCUCAAAUCUGUACUGCUUGGAGGGUGAGGCUUUCCCUACCAUUCCGCUGCUGGUUGACCAUUUCCUGAAGUCCAGGCAACCCAUCACGAAGAAAAGUGGUAUUGUGCUAGUCAAGCCCAUCCCCAAGGACAAGUGGGUGUUGGACCAUGAAGACAUUAUGCUGGGGCAGCGCAUUGGGCAGGGAAAUUUUGGAGAGGUCUUCAGUGGAGUCUUGCGUGGCAGUAACACUCCAGUGGCUGUGAAAUCCUGCCGUGAAACACUUCCAAAUGAGCUGAAGGCCCGGUUUUUGCAGGAGGCUGGGAUCCUGAAGCAAUAUAGCCACCCCAAUAUUGUGCGACUCAUUGGAGUCUGUACUCAGAAGCAGCCAAUCUACAUUGUCAUGGAGCUUGUAAAGGGGGGCGACUUUUUGACCUUCCUGCGCAAUGAGAGGGCUCAGCUCACAGCCAAGGAGCUCCUGAAAAUGAUGGAGAAUGCUGCCGCAGGGAUGGAAUACCUGGCCAGCAAGCACUGCAUCCACCGAGAUCUGGCAGCACGGAACUGCCUGGUGACGGAAAGUAACACACUGAAAAUCAGCGAUUUUGGGAUGUCACGGGAACAAGUGGAUGGCAUUUACUCCUCCACGAGUGGAAUGAAACAAAUCCCUGUGAAGUGGACAGCUCCAGAGGCACUCAGUUACGGUCGGUAUUCCUCAGAAAGUGAUGUCUGGAGCUUUGGGGUCCUGCUGUGGGAAGCUUUCAGCCUGGGUGCCACACCAUAUGCCAGUAUGAGCAACCAGCAAACCCGUGAAAUUGUGGAGAAGGGUAUUCGUCUGAAUGCUCCAGACCAGUGUCCCGAAGAAGUAUACCAGCUCAUGUUAAAGUGUUGGGAAUACAAACCACAGAAACGACCCAGCUUCAGUACCAUACUCCAAGAUCUGGUUAUGAUUCAGAAGAAGUAACGGUGAGAAUGCUGAUUUCAGGAUGUCUGCAUGGACACAUUUUAAAUCCCAUGCGGUGCUGACAUCCCAAACAAUGGCAUUUCAUUCUUGGUAUAUCUUUCUAGUCACACAGACCAUCUCCAAUCAGGUCACCUGCCAAGCACUCAGUAGUGGUGGCCAGAGAGCCCUAAAGCUUUGGUCUUUGAAGUCAUUUAUAUUUUCUCUAAAAUUGAUAAUAAUUAUAAAGUUUGGAUUAUAUCCUCAAAAAUGUACGCUUAAUUGCAAACCCCAAUCUUCACCUCAAAUAAGAUAUAUAAGAUAUGAAGCUUCAGAGAAGGAAUUCAAGGGGUAAGAGGCUUUGUAUUUUAUAAACACUUCACUGUGAUGGAGUGGAGGUAGGUUUAAAUGAUGAAACUGGUUACAGAAGCACCACAUUAUACCAGAAACAAAGCAAGGAAUAUUUCAUCCCAAACACGCCACAAUAUUCACCAUUUACAACCAGGAUAUAGCAGCAUCUGUUCAGAUCCUCAUGACCACACACAACCAAGGAUUUAAAGGAGGCCAGGCCCAAUGAAACACAACCAAAUCAUCAUGGUUCCUAGGAAAGCUGCAGCACUGCUUGUCUUUAUAGUUCCAAGCCAAAGCCUCUCAAAGAAUCAGGAAUCCACAUCAGUGGUCUAUUGGCAAAACCUUCUUUCCUUUAACUGCCAUGGCCAAUAACAACAGCCUACCCCAGAGUGAUCCAACAAGGAUCAAAUCCUGCAGGAGAACCAAAUCCUGGUUCUGCCCUCUCCACCACCCUGGUGAUGUAUAUGGCUGAUUCGCCAUUGUGAAUUAUACAUUCAUGCUUUCCUCUUUUUGUCUCUCUCAUCUUUGAGGCUAUUUAAUAUGCCAGUUCGCGGGAAGAUAAAGAUGGCAAAAGUUUUGGUCAUUAUUAAGCCAAUUUUAG